CCCCCCCCCCCCAAAAAAAAAAAAAAGUACGAAGUAGAAAGAAAAUUAUGGCUAGCAUGAAACUUGUGUUCUUUGUUGUUCUCGCUCUUUGCUCUUCCUUUCCUCUACGUCUCAAUGCACUCUCUCAAGAAAUACCGAAAGUCGAUGCAAUCUAUCAAUUUGGUGAUUCGAUAUCGGACACCGGUAACUUAAUACGUGAAUCCCCCAUUGGAGAACAUACAACCUUUGCAAGACUUCCUUAUGGACAAACUUUCUUCCAUACGCCUACUGGUCGUUGCUCCAAUGGUCUUCUCAUGAUUGAUUUUAUUGCAAGGUACUUCAAGUUGCCCUUUCUUGAUGCAUAUCUUAACAAAGACGGUAACUUCGCUCAUGGUGUGAACUUUGCUGUUGCGGGAUCGACGGCUCUCGACACUUCAACCUUAGCUGCUAAAAACAUUACAUCGCCGGUUACCAGCAGUUCAUUAUCAGUUCAAAUGGGUUGGUUUAAGUCUCACCUUCAUUCACUUUGCCCUAAUCCAAAAGAUUGUAAGGCCAAACUCGCAAAUGCAUUGUUUAUCAUUGAAACCGGAGGCAACGAUUUCAACUAUGCAUUCUUUGGACAAAAAACAAUGGAGGAAGUGCAACAAAUGGUGGAUGAAGUACUUCAAGCCAUUACUAAUGCCGUGAAGGAAGUGAUUAGUUUUGGUGGCACCAAAGUCGUAGUUCCUGGCAACUUUGCAAUCGGAUGCAUGCCUAUUUAUCUAAGCAAUUUCAAGACGAAAGACUCAAAUAACUACGACGAGCUCCAUUGUUUAAAGGGUUUGAAUGAAUUUGCAAUGUUUCAAAACGAUCGAUUAAAAGUAGCUAUUAAGGAGCUUAAAAUACAAUACCCGAAUGUUGCAAUUGUCUAUGCUGAUUAUUUCAACGCAUUGAAGGGACUCCUUCAAAAUGCUGCUUCAAAUGGGUUUGAGAAGGAUGAAGUACAGAAGACCUGUUGUGGAAUAGUUUGUCGUGAUCCAUCUAAGCUGGUUAGUUGGGAUGGAGUUCAUAUGACUCAACACGCCUACAGAGUGAUGGCCAAGGGAAUAUUCAAGCAAAUUGUUCAAGGCAUCGCUAAUCAAGUUUAGACUAUUAAUUACUACUUAGUUUAUCUAGUUACUAUAUUAUUAUUGUCGAUACAUUUAGUUUCAAUGAACAUCUACAAGUAUUUAAAUAUUC